AUGAGCAAUGUGCGAAAUUUCCGUGCUGUCAUCCUACGAGAAGUCGAUCCAGAAGCCACAUCAUGGGACUAUCUCAUCGACAAUCUUCCUCAGGCUAAGCGUACAAAUGCUGAUGGACUAAUCAAGUGCCUUUCCCUUGUUCUCUCUGAUAAGAAGCAGGAAUUUGAGCUGCGCUUUGAGAGGGCACCCUCCAACCGUGUUACGCGCAGGGAGCCACUGGACAAGCUGCUCCUGAUCUCCUUCGCGGACUUUUUUCUGCGAUGGCCAGCGAAAUCUCCAGAUGAUCUGCCACGCGUAGCUACCGGCAGAGAGAACGGCGACUACAUCACGAGGCUGCUUACUACUGGCGUUGUGCUGAACAGGGUCCAUUACCAUUUCUUUGGCCACUCAAAUAGUCAAUUGAAGUCGAGGUCAUGUUUCAUGUACGCCGCAUCGAAGGAAGACAUAUCAGCCAAGAUUGAAGCUAUGGGGGACUUCUCCAAACUCAAAUCCGUAGGCAAGAAAGCAAAACGGAUUGGGCUUCUCUUCUCGAGCGCGGAUAAUGCUCUGAUUCUGCCAGCAGAACGCUGCGAGGAUAUCCAAGAUGUCAACCGGGAUGAUUACACCUUCACUGACGGAUGUGGUCUGGUAUCUCUCCAGCUUGCUCGACAGUUGGCCCAAAGACGCAACAUAAUAUUUCGCAAUAAGCGUUAUCUACCUUCGGUAUUCCAAAUCCGAUAUCGCGGAUACAAGGGCGUAUUGACCCUAGAUACCACCCUUCAUGGUAAAAUUCAGGUUCAGUUCCGAGAAUCCAUGAGAAAGUUCAAAGACGCGUCCGACCUUAGCCUCGCGGUUGUAGACUACUCCAGGCCGUACGCUCUUGGUAGCCUCAACGAUGAGGUGGUCGUGCUCUUACACACGCUAGGUAUCUCUACAGACGUGCUUCUUGAGAAACAGCAGCAGCACCUGAGUUUCCUGAGCGACGUUAGCAGAGCCGAGAAGCUUCUCUUGGAAGGUAUUGAAUCCGUCAGCUCACAGUUGAGAGCGUUAGUUCGGCAAGAAUACGAGAGAACGCUAAACAAACGAGACGAACGGCGAUGUCGAAUCCUGAUUCCCAAGUCAAGACUGCUCUUUGGCGUCUGUGACCCCACAAGCAAGAAUGGUCAGCCUGGAAAGCUCAGAGAAGGGGAGUGCUUUUUACGGAUAACCAACGAUGGUAAUGGCUUAGCGCAGACCAUCAUCAAUACCGAGGUGAUGGUGACAAGAAAUCCAUGUCUGCAUCCAGGCGACCUGCAGAAGUUCAAAGCAGUAGACGUCUCAGGUUUUAGUCAUCUAGUUGACUGUAUCGUCUUCUCAACCCAAGGACGCAGACCGAGCGCUGAUCUCAUGUCUGGUGGUGACUUGGAUGGGGACAAAUUCUUCGUUACCUGGGAUCCGGAUAUCAUCCCGAGGACGAUGGCGCAACCCGCUCAGUACCCCGGAGGUAAGGAGCUGGUCACUUUCGGGCAAGUAACCGGUGACGCCCGAGCUGAAUACUUUGCUCGAUAUACCAAUGCGUCGUUGGGGCAAGUCAAAAAUCUUUAUAUGAAAUGGGCACGUCUCGGGAACGCCAUGAGGCCGGAGUGUCAGCAGCUCAAUCGGCUCUUUUCACAAUGUGUGGAUGGAAAUCACAUCCGCAUUCCUGAAAACUUCAAAGAGUUCAAGAAGCUCGAAGAUCCUCCCGAACCUAAGGACACUGUUUCUCCUUUCAUCCUGGACGUUUUGCACGCUGCUUGCACCCAAUCCAUUCUUCAAGCUGACAACAUACGACCCGAUGGUAGCGAGGAAGUCGAUGUAAUGGAACUAUUCCUUACACGAGACAAGAUGGCGAUAACUGAAUUUGAGUUGCUGCAGAUUGUGCUGCGUUGGUGCGAACGUUCUGGCAAAGAUGUCCUACAAUACACCCAUCUCUUCGAUUUCAGUGCCUUGAGCGAUGAAGAGCGGAUCUGGCUUCUAAACUACCUUCCACCUUCUGCGACUAUGCCAAGUCUGGUACACAAUGGACUCCUACAGUCGAACCUGGUCACCCCCGAGGAACUGCACAAAUUUCACCUCGACCAGCCGCAUCUGCAUUGGAAGCCCGUCUUCAGAUCUUCUGUCGACCGCAUGGGGAGAUUCCUACCUACCAUGUUGCAAGUGAUAGAAACCUUCCACAAGAAGUUGAUCGUCUUAUCGGUAGACGAACGGCUUACUGUGGCGAUCUAUAUACCAAAAAUCAUUGAACGAGCAAGUGAGGUGCAAGUAAAUACGAGCGUCAGGUUCUUCGCUUUCCCACAUUCCCAAGGACUACAGUCACCAAACUACAAGGUACUGCCGACCAAGGUCAAUUACAGACUGUUUUGCGAUGAGCAAGUCUUUCAGUUGUACGAACGUCAACGGAGUAACACGUGGGUCUUCUUGAGGCGUCCUCAGGCCGACGAUUCUUUUUACCGAAGCGAGAAGAAUCAAGGCGACAAACGCAGAGCAAGGGAACGCACUGUGCGAGAUGGAACCAACCAUGACUGCAAAGCAAGCAUUGCUCUAGACAAAGUCAGCCGAGGACUUCAGCAGCAUAUCGGUAAAGUGAAACAGAAUGGCGUCUUGGGUGCGGAGAUAUACGUGAUCAGCAACAGAGACGUCGACUCGAUGCAAGUACUGGAUGAGUGGCUAAACUUCGUCGAUACUGACGAAAUUCUACCACUAUUCGAAAAACUAUCCAUGGACUACGAAAUUUCUAAGCUACACUCUACAAAUUGGGACAACUUCUCAGAGGAAGUGGUAGCCGUGGUUCGCGACCAAGAUUUUGCUCAUCUUCGAAAACUGGAGUCGUUGGCAGAGCUGCGGACUAUCCUUGAUUUGCUCAAUGACCAUGGUGAAAAGAAGAUGCUGUUCGACACAUUUUCUCAUCUUCUUACAUUGGAGGCAAGCUCGUCACUUUUGCUAGAUCACAAUCAAGUAGCAUCAAACCUGCUCGACUUCCUGCCGAACGCGGCAUACCUCAUCCCCGCAUUUUUCCGAUCCCAAACCUGGCGGACUCAUAAGUCAGUAUUGGAGGACAACCUCGUCCACUUGGCUUUCAGGUUACUGAGACAGCUCGUUCUUCUGUCGCAAGAUAUGGGCAGCUUCAUUCGGCGUCCGAUUCAAAUACUGUUACAAGAAUUAAGAUGCAUCUCGCUACAUGAAUUUGCCGAGCUUGUGGAGCUCAUUUCUCUCACCGUUCGCUCUUCCGAAACUGCUUUGGAUCUUCUCCUCGAAGUUCUAGAGCCGGAAAGCUCACGGCUUCUAGUUCAACGACCAACUGCCAUUCGACAAUUCACGUCGUCUUUAUUUGGCAUCGCGCUUGAUCAUAUAGACGAAGCGUCUCGGAGUGAUAACCUGCAUUCACAGGAAAAUCUCAACCUCAGCAUUGAUAGUUACAGUGACGCCUGUACGAUAGUCAAGAGCAUACUCCGUAUCGACUCCUCUUUGAAUUCGAUACUCAAAGCUGGAGACCACGUUCGGCUCACGGCAUCCGACGCGCCGCGGAAUGCAGCUGACGCGAAGCUGCUCUCUAUGGAUGCGGUUGUAUCGUCUGCUGAAUUAGGCAAAGCUACGUUUCGAUGCCUCCAUCACCCGCCGUUGUAUCUUGACAAAUGUGGAUGGAGAGUUACACAUUGUGGAUCGUUCGUUACCGCCAAGGCCUCAUUCGACGCUGUAACCGCUUUUUACACGGAGCGUGAAGCUUGUACCACAAUCUAUCCAAUGCUUCUUGGUCUUCCUCCAACAAGACAAGGAAGACCGACUGACGUCGAGCUACCGUUGACUGUUGACACAUCACUGAACGAGAGUCAGAGUGCUGCGCUGAUGGCUUCGAUGAAACAUUCAUUGACGUUCAUAUGGGGUCCUCCAGGAACAGGAAAGACGCAUACGAUUGUUGUUAUCAUAACCCAGCUGUUGGAAAAACUGCCUGAAUCAGGAUUUCUUGUGACGGCGCCAACGCAAAAUGCAGUAGACAACUUACUGAGGAGGUUUGUUAGCUGCUUUGGUGCAAAGAAAGGUGGAGUCCUGCCGAUCAGGGUGUCAACACAGCUUUCUAAGGUCGCUCAAGACCUACGUGCAUACACGUGUGAUGCCAUGCUGGGUAAAGAUCUCGGCGCAAACAUGCCCGCCCGCCGUAAAGCGCAGAAGCGCAUCAAAGACGCACGUCUGAUAUUCACAACCUGUACUGGUGCUGCGUUAGGUUUGUUAAGGAACGAACACUUCGAUGUCGUUAUCGUGGACGAGGCCUCACAACUCACGGAACCCGCUACCCUUGUGCCUCUUGUGAAAGGGUGUUCGCGUGCGAUACUAGUUGGAGACCACGUUCAGCUCCGCGCCACGGUCCAGCAGAAUGCUGUCUUGACAGGUUACGACAUCUCGCUUUUCGAACGCCAUUACAAACUACCGCCAAGAGAGGACGUUGCCAAAGUCAUGCUUAAUAUGCAGUAUCGCAUGCAUCGCUCCAUUUGUGACUUCAGUUCUUCCGAAUUCUACGAUGGGAAACUUCACACUGCUGUGGCCGAAGACGCGCGUCCUCUGAGUCGUUCGCUUUUUCCCUGGCCUAAGAAGAACCGCAUGGUCUGGGUUGAGUGUCCGGAAUCUGAAGAACUGUACUGCCAAUCAAAAUGGAACGUUGGCCAAGGCGUAAUCUGCAAAAGUAUCAUCGAACUUCUCAAGACACCACCGCCGUCUCCAAAAUCGACUGCGGCUGCGACAGUUCCUGGCGAAUCCCCAUCUAUCGUCAUACUGACACCCUACAAUCGCCAGAAGGAUUUGCUUACGUCCGAAAUCCCCAACGUCGAAAUCUGCUCUAUCGACAGUUUUCAGGGUCGUGAGGCAGAUAUCAUUGUGUUUGUCACUGUUCGGUGCAAUGUUUAUUACGAAUUAGGCUUCCUGGCUGACAUGCGACGAUUGAACGUAGUCAUGACAAGGGCGAAAGCUGGGAUUGUGUUGAUCGGGCACCAGAAUACACUGGCUGGUGUAGAAGCUGGAAUGGUUGAGAAUGAGAGUAAGCUGGUUUGGAGGAGACUACUAGGACAGUGUGGGGUUGUGUCCUUGGCAGCUCGAGCCGAGAGUUAUCGUUCCAAACGUUGA